CACGCUCCCGCUCUCACGACAGCCGAGCGCUCGACUUUCCGAUUGUCCUCGUGACCCGCCCCCUUCCGCGCGGCGAUGCGACCGCACGCUCCCGCUCUCACGACAGCCGAACGCUCGACUUUCCGAUCGUCCUCGUGACCCGCCCCUUCCGCGUGUUUCCCGCUCACCGUUCGUGACCGCCGAUGGGUGGCUGCGGACGCGAGCUGUCACCAUGGCAACCGACUCAUAAACAUGGGAUGGCUAUGGCAGCGAGGUGGUUGGCGGAAGUUCGAGAACAAGUGCAACUCAGUGAGGGUUGGCAGGAGUAUUGCAAAGAGCUGGUUGAUGUUGUGCUCCAGCAGUUAGCAGAAGGACAUGUUAAUUCCUUCACUGAUUUAUCUGCAUCGGAGAAAACGCUUUUUGUAGACCGAGCUGCCAAAGCAAUCAAUGAAGGGAGCGUCUACAAAACUCUUGUUAAUCGGAUCGGUUCUACAUUGGAGAAACAGAUUUGUAGACACCUCGUUGGGAAAAUACAAGAAAGCAAACCAGUUCAAACUAGGAAUGAGGCAUUUCAGAGUCAUAUCCAGGAUGUCUCAAAGAUCGACUGGUUGAUCGCGAUCGACGGGUUGGCGACCCCUAAUGUACACCUUGAGUGCGAUCGCUCUCACUGGAGGCUGGAACUACGCAGAGGUUUAAAAAGAGGAGAAGAGAAGCUGAGGCUUGCUGCUGAAGAAAAGCGUACUCAUCGGAAAAACAGCACCAAGACAACACUGGAGGACAGUGCCUUCAAGUGCAGUCGCUGCAGCCGAGACUGUCACUCCUGUGUGGGCCUCUACAGCCACUACAGACGCUGCUCUAACACAGACUGAAGCAAGACUUUCCAGGCGCAGAUCCAUGGUCUCGCGAGACUAACGGAUGCUACCAAGACCAAGACCAAUUCUUUCAUUAUGGCUGGAAGGAGGGCCAGAGGUACUAAAAAGGAUGAUCUUCCUGCCUCUUUGGAUUCUAUUAUGGAUUUGCUGCAAAGUCAUACACAAGAAGCCUGUGAGGUUUCAACAAUUAAGCACUGAAUUUAAACAAAUAGAUGGUAAAUUGGAUUCUUUUCAACAAACUCUUAAUGAACACGAUAAACAUAUUAAAAAUAAUGAUGAAAACUUGUCGGCUCUGGAAACAGAAGUGGAUGAAUUGCAGAAGCUUUGUGAAAAGCAAUCGAAGUCCAACGAAAAGUUAAGACAGAAGAUUAUCAACCUAGAAAAUAGAAGUAGAAGGAACAGCCUUCGGGUUCUGGGUCUCGAAGAAUUACUCGAAGGUAAUCAUCCUAUGGAGUUUUUUGCAAACUUUUUGCAAGAAUUAUUUCCAGAGAUUUUGACAUCUGUGCCUGUGAUCGAUCGAGUUCACAGAUCUCCUGCGUUUAGACCUACUAACGGUCAGAGACCAAGAUCAGUAAUAACCUGUUUUCAGGAAUUUAAAACAAAGGAACUCUUAAUUCGCAAAUCUCGUUGAAGAGGCAUGACCGACUAUAAUGGUUGCAAGAUUAGAAUUGUCGAAGGUUAUUCGCAUGAGGUUAUGCAGGAACGUGUUAAGUUCAAAGAAGUCCUGUCUGAGCUCUUUAAUAAGGGUUUCAAGCCUUCCCUUCGCUACCUAACCCGACUCAGAAUCACACUUAAAAACGGUUCUUUUGAAUGGUUCCACUCGACUGUUGAAGCACAAAAUUUUUUAAAUCCGAAGGCUAGCUGUUUAGUUUCUCCUUACAUGAAGACACAAGAUUAAAUGAGAAACUUUUAAUUCGCAAAUCCCGUCAAAGGGGCAUGAUUGGUAUAGGGUGGAAUAUUAAGAUUCUCGAAGAUUAUUUGCUUGAGGUGAUGCAGGAAUGUGCUAAAUUUAAACAAGCUCUGUUGGAACUUUUUUAAUAAGGGUUUUAACCCAUCCCUUGGCUACCCAGUUUGACUGAGAAUCUCAUUAAAGAUGGAUCCUUCAUAUGGUUUCGUUUGAAUGCUGAAGCACAAAGAUUUUUUAAAUUUGAAGGCUAACUGCUUAGUCUGUUUUUCCAUGAAGAUAUAAGAUUAAUGUUUAAUGUCUAUCUGUACGAAUAAUUGUAUCUUUUACUUUUGGUAUACCUUUGUAACUAAUUUCCUUUCGUAUUUUUAAUACUGCAUUUUUGAUAUACAAAAAUUGAAUCUCUUGUUUGGGUAUUGUUUAGUCUAGGUUGGAAUAUAAAUAACCUUGAAACUAAUUGGAGCGAUCACCAGGUUUUUUAGGGGGUUGUCCGUAGUUGUAGAUGCCGACUUUCUAUUGGUCGGUUUUCUUUCUUUGGGGGGUGAGCAGGAGUAUGGUUUUUUUUCCCUGAAGCUGUUUUCAAAUUUUUAGCCAACUUGUUGCUUGGUUAACAUUUCUCAAGGUUUAUGGCUUGGUUUUUAACUUAUAUUUUAACACUUCCUUUAAAUAAUAUUAAAACUGGACCAAACUAUUAAUUUACUCAGUUUUAACUUGAAAGGGUUAAAUCACCCUGUUAAACGUAAUAAGAUUUUUGCUUAUGUUAAGAAAUUUAAUGUCCCUAUUUUUUUUUACAAGAAACUCACAUACGCAAAUAUGAUAAUCUACGUUUUUUUUAGCCGUUGGAAUGGACUUUGUUUUCACUCUUUUUUUCAGGCCAGAUCUAGUGGAGUUUCGAUUCUUAUAGAUAAUACACUUUCCUUUGUCCAACAUUAAAUAGUGUCUGAUACUAAUGGAUGUUUUGUUAUAGUUCCAGGAAAACUAGAUAAUAAAUUAAUAGUAUUUGCCAAUGUGUAUGCCCCAAAUGUAGGAUCCAGGAUUCUUUAAGCGUUUUGUUUUCAUUUUUACCAGAUCUGAAUCUUUAUUCUUUGGUGAUGGGAGGAGAUUUUAACUGUUGGCUAGACCCAACUUAAGACCAAUCAUCUUCUAAACCAGCGUCUCUAAAUAAAUCAGCUUUGUUUAUUCAAUCCUUUUUAUUGAAGUGUGGUAUAGUUGACGUUUGGCAUUUUUUUACAUCCUUUAGAUAGGGAGUAUUUGUUUUUUUCCCAUGUUCAUUAUACAUAUUCCAGGAUUGAUUUUUUUUUAUCGAUAGUCAAAUGAUUUCAUUAGAUCAUUCCUGUGAUUAUAAAAAGAUUGCUGUUUCAGAUCAUGCUCCUAUAUUUCUAUCUUUAAAACUCCCUGGUCUUCCUCAAACCAACAGAUUUUGGCAUUUUAAUACAACUUUGUUAUCUGAUAAGGAAUUUUUAAAAUUUCUAGAGACACAUAUUAUUUUGUUUUUUGAAGAGAAUAAAAAGGAAGAGACUUCUAAUCUUAUUGUAUGGGAUCUUACAAGGCCUAUAUUAGAGGACUAAUUUUUUCUUAUACUACAAGCGUUAAGAAUAAAGCUAAUAAAGAAAGAAUUGAAUUAGCCAAUCAAUUGAAACAAUUAGCCUGCUGCGUUCACCAGCAACUUUGAUGUGUGUUGCUAAUGCUCCAGAUCCUGUUUUAUAUAAAAGACGUGUUGAAGUUAAAACUAAUUAUGAUCUUCUGUUAACAUAUUCAAUUCAAACUCAACUUCUUAAAGAUAAAACUCAAUUUUACAUUCAUGGAGAUAAAUCAGGCAAAGUAUUGGCCAACCAAUUAAAAACUUCUGCAGUUAAAUGACAAAUUAAAGAAAUUUGCAAAACUAAUGGUGAUAUGACAACUGAUUAUUCUGAAAUAAAUGAUACCUUUAGAGAAUUCUAUUCUAAACUUUAUAGUUCUGAUUCCCCUAAAGAUAAUACUGUAAUAAAUAAUUUUCCAGAUCAAUUAAAUAUCCCUGCACUUUCUGCAGAUAAUUGCAAGCAGAUGGAUCAACCCUUUUCUUAUGAGGAAAUUGCCGAGGCUAUAUGUUCAUUACAUUUGCGGAAGGCUCUGGGUCCAGAUGGAUUUUCUGAAGAAUUUUAUAAGGCUUUUUCUUCAUUAAUUAUACUGCAGUUACACUUAGUCUUUUUGGAUUCUUUCAAAUUGGGUAGUUUGCCUCGAUCUUUUUAAUGAAACUUCUAUUUCGCUUAUCCUAAAAAAGAACAAGGAUCCAACUGAAUGCUCUUCAUAUAGGCCAAUUUUAUUACGCAAUGUUGAUACUAAAAUUCUUUCUAAACCAUUUAAAUUUCACUGCAAAACUAGACAAGGCUGUCCAUUGAGUCCUUUGCUUUUUGAUCUAGCUUUAGAACCCCUUGCCAUUGCUUUUCAAGAAUUUAAUGAUAUCUGAGGUAUUUUAAGGAGAGGUAUCACCCACAAAAUCUCGCUUUACACUGAUGAUAUAUUGCUUUUUAUCUCUAAUGUUGAGACCUCGUUACCUUGCGUACUUUCUUUACUCUCCUAUUUUAGCUAGUUUUCAGGAUAUAAAUUGAACCUACAUACGAGUGAAUUAUUUCCUUUAAAUAAUUUGGUAUCAAUUAAUACUAAUCUCCCUUUUAAAAUUGUAAGGAGUCAAUUUACUUA